GUUUCCCUGGACCUCUUCGGACAGAGGGAGUCCGGGAUCUGGCAGGAAGGAAGAGGAGAGAUCAGAGCGUGAGUCUACAGUCGGGGAUCCUAAGAGGGGACAACUAAUUCACUUUUUAAAAUACAAGAACUCGUGGACUGCACCGUUUGAACAACACUCGUCCCGUAGUGAAGCCGUGGUGUAACUGUGGUGUGCAAUGGAGGAUGGGAAGCCAGUGUGGGCCCCCCACCCGACCGACGGGUUCCAGCUGGGCAUGAUCGUGGACAUAGGGGCUGACUCCUUGACCAUCGAACCCCUGAACCAAAAGGGCAAGACCUUCCUGGCUCCAAUGAACCAAGUGUUUCCUGCUGAGGAUGACGUCAACAAGCACGUGGAAGACAACUGUUCCCUUAUGUACUUGAAUGAAGCCACACUCCUGAACAACGUUCGUGUGCGGUACAGUAAAGAUAAAAUAUACACUUUCGUAGCCAACAUCUUGAUCGCGGUGAAUCCGUACUAUGACAUCCCCAAGCUCUACACGCCGGACACCAUAAAGAGCUACCGAGGGCGAUCCCUCGGCACCCUGCCUCCACAUGUUUAUGCAAUCGCGGACAAAGCGUACCGGGACAUGAAGGUGCUGAAGAUGAGCCAGUCCAUCAUCGUCUCCGGGGAAUCUGGAGCGGGGAAGACAGAAAACACAAAAUUCGUUCUCAGGUAUUUGACAACAUCCUAUGGAACUGGUCAAGAUAUUGAUGAAAGAAUUGUGGAAGCCAAUCCCUUGUUGGAGGCCUUUGGGAACGCUAAAACCGUCAGGAAUAACAACAGCAGUCGUUUCGGGAAGUUUGUGGAAAUCCACUUCAACGAGAAGAACGCAGUGGUCGGGGGGUUUGUGUCCCACUACCUGCUGGAGAAGUCCAGGAUCUGCAUGCAAAGCAAGGAGGAGAGGAACUACCACAUCUUCUACCGGCUGUGUGCCGGCGCGUCCGAGGACAUCCGCCACAAGCUGCACCUGGACUCCCCGGACAGCUUCAGGUAUCUAAAUCGAGGCUGCACCCGAUACUUUGCAAGCAAGGACUCAGACAAGCAGAUUAUGCAGAAUCGAAAGAGUCCAGAGCACCUGAAGUCGGGCGCCCUGAAGGACGCCCAGCUGGAUGACCAGGGCGACUUCGUGCGGAUGUGCGGGGCGAUGAAGAAGAUCGGCCUGGACGACACGGAGAAGCUGGACCUGUUCCGCGUGGUGGCCGGCGUCCUGCACCUCGGCAACAUCGACUUUGAGGAGACGGGGAGCUCCUCGGGUGGCUGCUCCCUGAAGAACCAGUCCAACCAGACCCUGGAGUACUGCGCCGAUCUGCUGGGCCUGGACCAGGAGGACCUGCGAGUCAGCCUCACCACCCGGGUCAUGCUCACGACAGCAGGGGGCGCCAAAGGCACAGUAAUCAAGGUGCCACUGAAGGUGGAGCAGGCGAACAACGCCCGGGACGCCUUGGCCAAGGCCGUGUACAGCCGUCUCUUCGACCACGUGGUGACCAGGGUCAACCAGUGCUUCCCCUUCCAGUCCUCCUCAAACUUCAUUGGGGUCCUGGACAUCGCCGGGUUCGAAUAUUUUGAGCACAACAGCUUCGAACAGUUCUGCAUCAACUACUGUAAUGAGAAGCUGCAGCAGUUUUUUAACGAGCGGAUUCUGAAGGAGGAGCAAGAGCUGUACCAGAAGGAGGGUCUGGGAGUCAAUGAGGUUCAUUACGUGGACAACCAGGACUGUAUAGACCUGGUGGAGGCCAAGCUUGUGGGCGUCCUGGACAUCCUGGACGAAGAGAACAGGCUGCCCCAGCCCAGCGACCAGCACUUUGCGGAGGCCGUGCACAGCAAGCACAAGGACCACUUCCGCCUGACCGUCCCCAGGAAGUCGAAGUUAGCGGUGCACAGGAACGUGAGAGAUGACGAGGGCUUCAUCAUCCGCCACUUCGCUGGAGCUGUGUGCUACGAGACGGCCAAGUUUGUGGAAAAGAAUAAUGACGCCCUUCACAUGUCUUUGGAGAGCCUGGUGUCCGAAUCAAAGGACAAGUUUGUGCGAGAGCUCUUUGAGAGCUACAACAACGCAAAGGACUCCAAACAAAAAGCCGGCAAGCUCAGUUUCAUCAGCGUGGGCAACAAAUUCAAGACCCAGCUGAACCUUCUUCUGGAGAAGCUUCGCAGCACGGGCUCCAGCUUCAUUCGAUGCGUGAAGCCCAACCUGAAGAUGGUGAGCCACCAGUUUGAAGGAGCACAGAUCCUGUCCCAGCUGCAGUGUUCAGGAAUGGUUUCAGUGUUGGACCUGAUGCAGGGGGGCUUCCCUUCCCGUGCUCCCUUCCACGAGCUCUACAACAUGUACAAGCAGUACAUGCCGUCCAAGCUGACUCGACUGGACCCACGCCUCUUCUGCAAGGCUCUGUUCAUGGCCCUGGGUCUGAACGAGAACGACUACAAGUUCGGGCUGACCCGGGUGUUCUUUCGGCCGGGAAAGUUUGCCGAGUUUGACCAGAUCAUGAAGUCGGACCCGGAGCACCUGGCCGAGCUGGUGAAGCGGGUCAACCAGUGGCUCAUCCACAGCCGCUGGAAGAAGGUCCAGUGGUGCUCGCUGUCCGUCAUUAAGCUGAAGAACAAGAUGAGCUACAGGGCGGCGGCCUGCGUUAAGAUGCAGAAGACGGUGCGCAUGUGGCUGUGCAGGAGGAAGCACAAACCGCGGGUCGAUGGCCUGGUGAAGGUGAGAAAUCUGAAGAAGAGGAUGGAGGGGUUCCAGAAGGUGGUGAGCGGGCUGAAGGAGGGAAAGCAGGAGAUGAGCAGAAAGAUCCAAGAGCUGGACGCCUCCAUUAGCGCCCUCAUGACCAAGAUAAAGACCACCAUUAUGACUCGGGCAGAGAUCGACAGCGAGUACCAGGGCCUGGUGAAGCGCGUCGAGGAGCUGCUGGGCUCCAUGCAGAAGAAGAAGCAGGAGGAGGAGGAGCGCGAGCGUCUCCAACGCAUCCAGGAGGAGAUGGAGAGGGAGAGGGCGAGACGCGACGAAGAGGAGAGCCACCGCCGGCAGGAGGAAGAGGACCGCCGCCUGAAAGCAGAGAUGGAAUUGAAGCGAAAGCAGGAGGAAGAGGAGAGGAGGAAGAGGGAGGAAGAAGAACGCAGCCUACAGGCGGAAAUGGAGCUGCAGCUGGCCCUGGAGCGGGAAGAGGAGAACCAGCGGCACACCGUCGUGGAGCAGGAGCGCCGCGACCGCGAGCUCGCCAUGAGGAUCGCCCAGAGCGAGGCCGAGCUCAUCACCGAGGACGCGCAAAUGGACCCGAGCCUGCGCAGGGGCCCCCAGGUGCAGGCCACCAAGGCCGCUGCCGGGACCAAGAAGUACGAUCUGAGCAAGUGGAAGUACGCUGAGCUGCGAGACGCCAUCAACACGUCAUGCGACAUCGAGCUCCUGGCCGCCUGCCGGGAGGAGUUCCACCGCCGACUGAAGGUCUACCACGCCUGGAAAUCAAAGAACAAGAAGCGCAACACCGAGACCGAGCAGAGGGCUCCCAAAUCCAUCACCGACUACGCUCUGCAGAACCCUGCCCCGCCUGUCCCCGCCCGGCAACAGGAGGUGGCCAUGAACCGCCACCAGCGCUACUUCCGGAUUCCCUUCAUCCGCCCCGCUGACCAAUACAAGGACCCGCAGAACAAAAAGAAGGGCUGGUGGUACGCCCACUUUGACGGGCCCUGGAUCGCCCGGCAGAUGGAGCUCCACCCAGACAAGCAGCCUAUCUUACUGGUGGCAGGGAAAGACGACAUGGAGAUGUGUGAGCUGAGCCUGGAGGAGACGGGCCUGACCCGGAAGAGGGGCGCAGAAAUCCUGCCCCGGCAGUUCGAGGAGAUCUGGGAGCGCUGCGGAGGGAUCCAGUACCUGAAGAGCGCCAUCGAGAGCAAGCAGGCCCGGCCCACCUAUGCCACCGCCAUGCUGCAGAACCUCCUGAAGUGAAGCCCCACCCCACCCCUCCCCCUAGCCCGCAUCAGUGGAGGGAGAGCAGGCCGAGCCUCCCGACAGGACAAAGGGAAAUGUCUACUGCCCACCACAGAGGGCGCUAUAGUGCACAGCUGACUGACCCAGGACUUUCAAAGUGAAGAAUUUUUUUUUUUUUGCUUUUGGUUUUUUGGCCAGUUGUUGUUAUUUUUCUUUUCUUGUGGUCAGUUCUCUUAUAGUUUUUUGUUCCCUUAUUUUUGCUGUGAACCUUGAAAAACUACAGAAAAAUCUGCCAGCUAAACAUCUUUGUAUUUCCUUUUUUAUUUAUCUGACCUAUGCUUUAACAUUACUGCAAGGUUAACUGUGAGGCCUUAAAACUUCAGUUUCACAAGCUAUGACUGAAAGUAGAAGCAAAUUCAAAGCUGUUCCUCCACCAAGAAUUCUAAAGUUGUUUAUAACAAUUCUGAAAUGUUCAGUUUAUGGUGAUUUUAAUAUUUGUUGGUCCAUGGGCUUUUGUUUUAUGUUUAUAGUCAUAAAACAAAAAUUUUCAGGAUUUCGAGUUGGAGCUUGACUGUGUGCUCUGUCCUAGUUUUUCAGACUUUAUACAAGACUGAAAAUGCAUUGAGAAUUUGGAAUUUAUGUUGUUUUGCUUUUUUUUUGUAAGACAAAAUAGAGCGUGUUCAAACAGAGCUUAGAUUGUUGUACUGAACAUUUAUGGAAAAAGUGCAAAGUAUGCCUUUUCACAUUCCACUUUAGCACUGUGAUGCAUAGUUGAUGCACAGAACAUUUGUUUUCAUGUGUUUUAUACACAGAGUAAAUCGCUUGGAUCAAGACUUGAGUCUGCCUGUUGUGCUUUGAGUGACAGAUUUUAGUUUUUAACCGUUGUACAUUUUAUUUUUACUUGGGCAAAAUCUUUCAUUUCAAUGACCACUGAACAGUUAUAUGUGCAUAAUUAGCUUAGCUCAUAAUUUUGUUAUGAGCUAAGCUAAGCACUACAUUUUGGCAAUUAGAUAUUUGUGCCUCUCCUCCCAAUACAUGCCAUAGAUCAGCUUUAGGCCACAUCAUGUUACUUAUCUCCCUAUGAGUAAAACAUGGGGUGGCAUUCAAACUGACUGCAGUGGUGGCUUUUACCUCAAAUUAAAUUACAAAUCUAAGCAAAGAUUACAUUGUUAAGUUAUUGCAUGACAUUAAUUUUAGUGACCACUGCCCUCAUAAUGGUCUGAUUAUAAUAAUAGAUGUGAAUUCAUUUCUCUAUCUGAAGACAAAGAGAAGCAUUAGUAAGCUUGAAUGUCUGCUAAAGCUUUUCUUUGUUCUGUUCGAUAGAAUUUUCCAUUUGUGUCAUUAGUUAAUAAUCUGUGUUAUGUCUGCCGUUCAUUAAAACAGAAUGCACCUCUAGAUUCACAGUUCUUUUCUAAAUUCAGUUUGUUUGGCCUGUUUUUUUUUUUUUCCUUUGCACUUUACAUUGCGCAAAGUUGGAUCUGAUAAUAAAUAUAAUGGGUAAUGUAGUUUGUGUCCAAAUAAUAGGCUUGCAGUGUUUGAGUCCAAUAGUAGAAGGCCUUUUUUCCAGAGUCUGUAUGCACAAGUCUACGGGUACCACUGUUUUUAAUGUACUGGAAUGCAUUUUCUUUCUAUUUUAUACGAAAACAAGGGCUGGAGUUUCCAAAACUAUUUAAAUGUUAAAAAAUUAACUACUGCAAUAACUGACAUUUAAUGAAAGUAUAUUUAAAAAUUAUAGAGAAAUACAUUAGUGUGUUUGUUACAAGGGGGUAAUGCAAAUAUGCAAUACCAGAUAUACAGUACUAUAGUUUGAGAAAAUGACUAACAAUGUUUUAGGAUUCUCUGCUUUAUUUGAGUAUGAUUUGAAUCUGACUAUGCAAGCCACAGAAUGUAGAGAAAUGUCCCCUCUAUUUUCAUAAUUAUCGUAUAUUUUGUCUACAGUGUACACAUAGGAGCAUAUUUUAUAUGGUCUAUACUGAGAGAUUGUCAUUUCUAUAUACAUUCCUAGUGAAAUUUGUAAUGGAGCAAUAUGUAGCUUGGAGAUAAACAAUUUGUAAUGACACUUUUAAUGACAAAGUCAACUCAAAAGUAAACCCUGCUAUGAAAUGGCAUAGUAAAACGGUGUACCACUAAGUGCAGUUGCUUUGUUUAGUAGCCUUUUUUUAGCUGUAGCAAUCAUUAAAUUAAGGCUUUGGGCUCAACAAAAACUGCCACCCUCCAGGAUGAAGGUUAACCCACUCCCCUUCGCCCCUACACCCCCUGGUUAAUAGACAUCUGACAAUCUGGUGUGAGAUUGGAAUUUACGCCUUCAGGUUGUUUAUUACAGGCCUGAUAGUUUUAAGGCUUCUUCAUUUCUUCAUUUUUCUUUUUCCUCUGGCUGCUAGUUACAAAUGCUCUCCGUUUUGCUGAGUACAUUCCGAAGAAUUCUUAUCCUGGGGCCAGUGCAUGAGAGACUAUGAUUCAGGUCCUGAUUAUUUAUUCAUGAUCUGAAGACAAGGGCGAUUACCAUCUCCCCAGACGUUCUUUCACCGUGCACCUGGUUUGCGAUGUCGACACACUCAGAUUAAGUGCCCAGUGCAGCCUUUCUUGCGAUUCUGCAUUUCACCUGGCUUUAUUUUUUCUUUUUUUAAAAUACGCUGAUGUCUUGCUGAUGUAUUUCAGUGCAGAAAAUAAAUGCAUUCUACGUGUAA